CAAAUCCUGUCUUUCCUCUUGGGUUGUCGAACCCAGACCUUGAACCCAAACAACAGGCCACCAGGGGAAUCUCGAAGCCGACGCGAAUCAAGUCCCAAAAUCAAGGGUUGCCCACUCGAGUAUAAGGAGCGGCGAGAGGAUUGGGAGUGGCUCUGCACACAUUUUACGGAUCCAAAAUUUCUGAACAAAGCUAUUGCUGGCAAGAAAGCUCGGGACUCAAAGACACUUCUCCACCAUUCCGGUUCGAAGCCCUUUUCGUAUAGGGUUGAGGCACGACGUGAGGAGGGUUCUAAGUUCCCACAGAUUGACCUGUUCAAGUAUGUUUACGUUCAUCCCAACAAUGAGAACAGUGACCAGCUUUAUGGUGAUAUGGUGGAAAAGAGCACUGCUAUUCUCCAAGAAGCAACAUCGCAGCUUCCUCCAGAGACCCCGAUCGAGGACGGCAGUGUACCCAAGGAUGCAGAUGUUCAGAUCGUGACUGAGGUCCUAGAUCAGAAGUUCGGUCGUCGUCAUGGUAAGGUUGUUCGGUGUACGGGGAAGGCGGGGGUUCGUGAAACGGGUGCCUCUUCUUCCAGAUUGUCCACAGGAGAGGUCAAUUCCUUGAAGGAGGAAGUGACAACCCUAAGAGGUCAGGUUGCGGCCCAGGGCGACCAUAUUAGGGCCCAGGACGAGAGGAUGAAUAUGAUUGUUCAGGCCUUAGCGAUGUCCGGCCUCCAAAUCCCGACGAUGCUAGCACCUAAUGUUGCUCCACCUUCAACUUCCCAACCAUUUCGCCCAAACGAUACCGAGAAGCAUGAUGUAUUAAACUUAGAAGACUUGCAGUUUUUUAUUUUUUUUGUUCGGACAAACGUACAUUUUCAUAUAUUCUAUAAUUAAUUACUUUUUCUUGGUUUA